AUGCUGACGCUUGCUGGCCCGUCUGUAUUCUCAAACUCACGUCGAAAGGCGUUGCUUGGUCAGAUCCAAGCCGUCAUUCCUAUCGUUGCAGCACUGGAGGCCGUCUAUCUGCACUUGGUUCACGCCACUUCUGCUGAAUCUGAGAAUGCCCUCUGCACGGACGGAAGCGAAGAAAAGGUCAUAUUAAAAUCUAUUCUCGAAUACGGAGAUUAUCUUGUGGAGGAUGUAGCGCUGCUUGAGCGGGCAGCAAGCAGUGCAAACGUCGCCUAUGUGAUCCCUCGUCCAGGAUCUAUAUCUCCUUGGUCGAGCAAAGCGACGGAUAUUGCUCGAAUGUGUCAUUUAGAUGCUCACGUCGCGCGACUUGAGCGAGGCAUCCUCUACCAGAUCAAGACGAGCGACGAGUCGGACCUCACGGCGGACCAAUGGAGCUCCAUCUCUCAUUUGCUACACGACAGGAUGAUUCAGUCCAUUCAGUCCACACCGCCGCUCGAGAGCCAGGUUUUCAUUACCCAACCGCCUCGUCCUUUGCGCACCAUUGCGCUCUCGACACUCUCAGAAGAAGAGGCUCGAUCAACUCUUCGCAAAGCAAAUGUCGAGCUCGGAUUGGCGCUCGCCGAGGACGAGAUCACCUACCUCGUGCAGGCCUAUGUCUCUGGUCCAGACGCGAUGAAGCGAGAUCCUACAGACGCCGAGCUGUUCAUGUUUGCUCAAGUGAACUCUGAACAUUGCAGGCACAAAAUAUUUAACGCCAGUUGGACCAUUGAUGGGAAGCCACAGGACAAGUCGCUCUUCUCCAUGAUCCGUAACACCGAAUCAGCAAUACAGGGCCAGCAUACCAUUUCCGCCUAUUCUGACAAUGCCGCCGUGUUUGACGGAUACACAGCGAAACGAUUUGCGCCCUCCGACUCGCAAGUACAAACGUACCUGUUUUCCGAGGAACAAAUGCCUAUCCUCGUCAAAGUCGAAACCCACAAUCACCCAACUGCGGUGUCUCCUUUCCCAGGUGCUGCGACUGGCUCUGGAGGCGAGAUUCGAGACGAAGGAGCGGUUGGCAGGGGUUCGAAGCCCAAAGCUGGCCUCAGCGGGUUCACGGUAUCGAAUCUACUCAUUCCUGGAUAUCUCCAGCCAUGGGAGACGGAUUUUGGGAAACCAAAUCACAUUGCUUCCGCCUUGGACAUCAUGAUAGAUGGUCCUCUCGGUGCUUCUGCAUUUAACAACGAAUUUGGCCGUCCAGCACUUGCUGGAUACUUUCGUACCUUUUCCGAGUCGGUACCGUCAGCAUCCAAGCAAGAAGAGGUGCGAGGGUAUCACAAACCGAUCAUGAUUGCUGGUGGUGUCGGAAACGUUCGGCCCAACUUCUCAAAGAAGACUGGUUUCUCGGCUGGAGCCAAGAUUGUAGUGCUCGGAGGACCGGGUCUCCUCAUCGGACUAGGUGGAGGUGCCGCAUCCUCACAGGCCUCCGGUUCGAGUGCGGCCCAUCUCGACUUUGCAUCAGUCCAAAGAGACAACCCAGAAAUGCAGCGACGAUGCCAGCAGGUCAUCGAUUCGUGCGUUUCACUCGACGGGAUUCCAAACCCCAUCCUGUCGAUUCACGAUGUCGGUGCAGGUGGUCUCUCUAACGCUCUUCCCGAACUCGUUCACGAUGCUGGAUUGGGAGCUAGAUUCGAGAUUCGAGACGUUCUCAUAGAUGACCUUUCCAUGUCGCCAAUGGAGAUAUGGUGCAACGAGUCACAAGAACGAUAUGUCCUUGCAGUAGACCCGGAGCACUUCUCCACCUUUGAGUUCAUCUGCAAGCGGGAACGGUGCCCGUACUCCGUCGUUGGUGUCGCCACAUCCGAGGAAUCGCUAGUGGUUACGGAUAAGCUCCUUGGCGGAACCGUAGUCGACCUCAAAAUGUCGACCCUUUUUGGGAAACCUCCCAAAAUGUCACGAACCGAUACAUCCAUCUCCCCUGCCUUCCAACCGUUUGAGACGACGCUAGGUAGCCUUCUUCCAGCACAGCUCACACCAGCACUCAGACUUGAGAAUGCUGUUGAGCGCGUUCUUCGUUUGCCGUCAGUUGGGUCCAAAUCCUUCUUGAUUACGAUUGGCGACAGAAGCGUGACAGGCCUAGUCACGCGAGAUCAGAUGGUAGGACCAUGGCAAGUUCCCGUCAGCGACGUCGCUGUAACACGGACAUCGUACGGCUUUGACGUAUUGACCGGUGAAGCCAUGGCCAUGGGAGAACGAACGCCACUAGCCCUCAUCAAUGCCGCUGCAUCUGCUCGAAUGGCUGUUGGAGAGGCCGUGACGAAUAUUGCUGCGGCUUCGAUUGAAAAUAUCGGUCGCAUCAAGCUCAGUGCCAACUGGAUGAGUGCUGCGUCAACGCCAGGAGAAGGAGCUCGCCUAUAUGAGGCAGUCAAGGCUGUCGGAGAAGAAAUCUGUCCCGCCCUCGGUAUCGGCAUUCCGGUUGGGAAGGACUCGAUGUCAAUGGCCAUGCGGUGGAAGGAGAACGAUCAGGCCAAAGAAGUAGUUGCCCCCCUUUCCCUCAUCAUUACCGCGUUCUCCUCUGUCGAUAAUGUAUCCGCUACCUGGACACCAGAGCUCAAGAGGGCGGAUGACCCUACUAUUCUCGUCUUUGUCGACCUUGCGUGUGGAAAGAGGAGACUAGGAGGCUCUGCCUUGGCGCAAGUCUUCAAGCAAAUCGGCUCAGAGACACCAGAUGUGGAGAAUGCGUCGAUUCUCAAAGCCUUCUUCAAUGCAUGCCAGGCUAUCCGACGGGCGCAUCCAUCGUUGAUCCUCGCAUAUCACGACCGCUCUGACGGUGGCCUCUUCACCACUAUUGCGGAGAUGUCGUUCGCUGGUAGGCUAGGGGUGCACAUUGACUUGGACGUGCUCAAUCUCACGGACUCGCCAAUGACAGCGCUUUUUGCGGAAGAGCUUGGAGCCAUAGUCCAAGUUCGAAAGAACGAUGCUCAGCUUUUAUUAUCUACAUUUGUCGACCAUGGCGUUCCCAAGGAUCAUGUUCACAUCCUUGCCACCGUCACCAUGGACCAGACAAUCCAAGUAACACAUGGCGACACUCUUAUAUUCGCCCAACCCCGGGCGAAAUUACAGAAGAUAUGGGCAGAGACGUCGUAUCGGAUGCAGCUGCUCCGUGACGACAUGGAAUGUGCUCAGGAGGAGUACUCGCUAAUUGACGAUCCUGAGCAUACCGGGCUGUUCUACGAACCCGCCAUCAAGCUGAAUCACACUCUCCGCGCAGACCUCAUUGGCAAGCCACGAGUCGCUAUAUUACGCGAACAGGGGGUAAAUGGUCACGUCGAGAUGGCAUGGGCAUUUACAGCUGCCGGCUUUGAAGCGGUCGACGUCCAUAUGUCGGACAUUCUAUCGGGUCGAGUGGAUUUGGUCAACUUCAAAGGACUAGCUGCCUGCGGUGGCUUCUCCUACGGAGACGUCCUCGGAGCCGGCAAUGGGUGGGCCAAAUCCAUCCUUCUCAGUGCCUACGCCAGGGAGCAGUUCACCCGAUUCUUUUCAAGGAGUGACACAUUUGGACUCGCUGUUUGUAAUGGAUGCCAAAUGUUUGCUCACUUGAAGAGUAUCAUCCCAGGGGCCCAGUCAUGGCCACUGUUCAAAGGAAACCGGAGUGGACGUUUCGAAGCCAGAGUGUGUAUGCUGGGAAUUGAGGAUACUGCAGCGACAAAGCGCUCUGUAUUCUUGCGGGAUAUGAUUGGAUGGAAGAUUCCGGUUGCGGUCGCACAUGGAGAAGGACGAGCCACAUUCGUUGAUGAGACUUGUGCUCAACAGUUCCAAAGAGAGCAACUGUCUGCACUCGCCUACCUCGACGCUAAGGGCCGGGCGACGAUGCAGUAUCCACUGAAUCCAAAUGGAAGCCUGGAUGGCAUUGCGGGAGUGCAGACUGCAGAUGGAAGGUUCUUAGCGUUGAUGCCUCAUCCGGAAAGAGUGGUGACGAUGGAGAGUAAUAGCUGGCAUCCAGGAUCAAUGGGAGACACGGGACCUUGGUUCCAAAUGUUCAAGAGUGCUCGAGAGUGGUGUGCUGUAUAG